AUGUCCGACUUCGAACCCUCUCCACGAAGCUCUAAGCGACGAAGGAUAGCGACGCCUGGUGCAGGGUCUGCAAAGACUCAAGUAACUCCUUCUACUUCUCGCCCCAGCUCGAAAAGAUUGACCAGUACCUCGCGACGCCAUUUCAAAGCUAGAGACAGCGAGGAUGAGUUGGCGCAAGAAAGUCCCUCAACCAACGUCCGUGAUUCCACUUACGGGUCUAAGGAGGACUCUUUGAACGAGGAUGAAAUCGCAUGCGUCGCCGGGGGACCCGAGGCACAUGCUAGUAGCACCGAAAGCGCAGACGAGCUUGCGCAACACGAAGUGACUAUGACCCCAACGAAAUCACAAAGAACAAGCUCGAGACACCAGGGAAGGACACCAGAGAAAACAGAGAAGGCAUCUACAAGCCACAAUGGUCAGGAGAAAGCCGAGACAGCGUCUAUCGGGACGCGUUCCAGCGGCCGAGAGAGAAAACAGCCUCGGCGGUUCUCAAGUGCUUGGGAAGACAACCCCAACCCCGGCCUACCCAAAGGCGUUUUAACACCUAGCAGAAAGGGAAACAAAACGCCUCGAAAGUCUGUCGCAUUCGAACAAGACAGAACCACAGUAAUCGGAGAUUUGGGCUUUAAAGAUCUCGACACAACCACCACGAAGAAGACACAGAGAGCGAGACGCAGGAAGGAGCCAUACCAAAGUGAUGAAGCUCAGGAGAAGGCUGGUAAAGAUGUCCAUCAGAUAGCAGAACUCACAAUGAACAAUGAAGAAUCAAGAGUGCCAGAGGUUGAAGAGGAGGUUGAAGAAGAGCCAUUCUCUGAUGUCCCAGAAGGGCCCAAUAUUGCCAUUACUCCUUUGCUAGAUCCUGACCCUGCACAUAUAGAUCUAAGGCUCGAUCCCGUCAAAUCACUCGUCUUAUCUCGACUGACCGGCCAGAUCCUUACACCUCUCACCUCUCUCGAAGCUGAGUAUAGCAAGCUAUAUACUCUUCUUUCGGCCACAAUUAAAUCUGGUGAGGGCAACAGUAUCCUCCUUCUAGGGUCACGGGGCGCUGGGAAGACCUGCUUGGUGGAGACUGCCAUUGCCAAUCUUGCAACUGAAUGUGCCGGAGACUUCCAUGUCGUUCGGUUGAGUGGGUUCCACCAAACCGAUGACAAGCUUGCGCUUCGCGAAAUAUGGCGCCAAUUGGGUCGAGAAAUGCAAGUGGAAGAAGAUGAGACUGCGCAAAUCAAUACCUACGCUGAUACCAUGGCUUCGCUGCUCCACCUCCUCUCGCAUCCCGAAGAGUUGGCUGAGACGCUGGAGUCUGAUGCAAUGGGCAGGACAACGAAGAGUGUGGUGUUUGUCCUUGACGAAUUCGAUCUCUUCACAACACACCCACGACAGACGUUAUUGUACAAUUUGUUCGACAUUGCACAAGCGCGGAAAGCACCGAUAGCAGUGAUUGGUUGUAGUGCACGCGUCGAUGUCAGCGACACGCUCGAGAAGAGGGUUAAGAGCCGCUUCAGUCAUCGCUGGAUCCACAUUUCCCAUGCCAAGAAUUUGCAAGCAUUUGAGGAGAUUGCUAGGGCUGCGUUACUGCUUCGAGACCAGGACCGGGAUCACGAGCGUCAGAACAUAUCGGUCGAGAUUUGCGACAAGUGGAAUGCGUUUGUUGAGAAAGUCUUCAUUCCUUCUUCUCAUGUCCAAAGGCUUCUCAUGCAGUGUUUCUAUACCACCAAAUCGAUACCCGACCUUUUCUCCAGCCUCUACGUUGAUGUCGCGACGAUUAUCUCCCUUGAUCAGAUCAACCUCAGGCCUGCAAUGCUCUCAGAUUUGAGCGCCCCUGACACUGUCCUUGACAUGCUUCCUAGUAUUCCAGACCUCCAUCUCAGCCUUCUGAUCUCUGCUGCACGUUUGGAUGCUAUAUACAACGCGGCGGUCGUGACUUUUGCAUUGGUAUACAGCCACUAUGUGGACCUGGUAUCACGUGCACGCCUUCAGGCAUCCGCUGCGGGAUCUAUUGCCCAAGCUACGAAGCUUUGGAAUCGCGACGUUGCCGCUGCAGCAUGGGAGGAUCUGGCCCAAUGGGAAAUUGUCCUGCCAGCAGCCAACAAAGGCAUCGGACAGGAGCAGACAAGGAUGUGGAGGUGUGAUGUUGUGCUCGAGGAGAUUGUCGAUGCUGUUGGUGGAGCUGAGGCUGGGAUGAGUGAUGUAGUGAUAAGAUGGUGUAAGGAGAUAUAG